UAUAAAGACCACCAUUAAGCCACCCUUAACCAUAUAAAUAGCAUGCCUCCCCAAGCAUGGUUGGACAUGAACGCAACACAUACGCGGCUGUAAGAUCUACGAUUAAGAAAGAAAAUCAAAACCAAUCCCAAAUAACAUGGCAUUGAAGAAAAUAGCUGGACAGGUGAUUCUCCCCUUGGUAAUGCUUCUACUACUACUGGUGGGUUCUAAUGCUGGAGGAAUGGCCAUAUAUUGGGGUCAACCUGGAAACGAAGGCACCUAAUUGGCACUAACUUGUGCUACAGGGAACAACAAGUUCGUGCUCUUAUCUUUUCUAGCAACGUUUGGCAAUGGUCAAACCCCGAUGAUCGAUCUUGCUGGCCACUGCGACCCCUAUAGCAAUGCCUGCACCGGUCUUAGCUCAGACAUCGGUUCGUGUCAAGCAAGCGGAGCCAAGGUGAUUCUUUCUCUCAGAGGAGGGGCGGGAAGCUACUACCUUGCCUCCUCUGAGGAUGCAAGACAGGUCGCGACUUACCUCUGGAACCUCUUGAGGGGACAAUCCUCGUCUCGACCUCUUGGUUCGGCUGUUCUGGACGAGAUCGAUUUUGAUAUUGAGGGAGUAACGAACCAACACUGGGAUGAACUUGAAUCCAAGGAACAAAAUUUCGGCAAGAAAGUUUACUUAAUCGCAGCUCCACAGUGCCCAUUCCCAGAUGCUUGGAUCGGAGGUGCCCUUCAAACAGGUCUUUUUGACUACGUAUGGGUUCAAUUCUACAGCCACCCUCCUUGCCAAUAUGUCUCCGGAAAUGUUGCCAAUCUCAAAGACGCGUGGAACCAGUGGACCUCUAUUCCGGCAACCAAAAUAUUUCUAGGAUUGUCGGCUGCUCGUCAAGCAGCUGGAAGCGGAUUCAUUCCUGUUUCUGAUCUCACUUCUAUUGUGCUUCCGGCGAUUCAAGGUUCUAAGAAAUAUGGAGGUGUAAUGUUGUGGUCUAGGUACUAUGAUGAUCAGACCAAUUAUAGUAGUUCUAUUAAAAGCCCUCCAUUUGGAGACAUCGUAAUUGUGGCAUAA